AAGGUAACUUAACAUUUUAAUAUCAGUUUGUACCGUGCGCAGAAUCUUUCAAUUUACCUUACCUUGAUUUUUAUCAAUAAUAAUAGGUAUUCAAUAUUUUCCAAUCUUAUUUUACACUGACAUUAGCGAGGAUGUUUGCGACAUUUCGAAACUUGGCUCCGGCAUUACGAUUAAACGGUGUUAACGUGCUUAGGCAUAUACAUCAAAAGCCUGCACUUUAUGAUGCCAAUAUGUUGCAACAGCAAGCUUUCAUAAAUGGAGAGUGGAUAAGUGCCAAAAGUGGUAAAACCUUCGAAGUCCUCAAUCCUGCCAAUGGAGAAGUCGUCGGAGUGGUGCCAGACAUGGACCUUGAAGACACUGAAGCUGCCAUCAAAGCUGCUUGUGACGCCUUUCAUGUGUGGAAAGACACCACCGCCAAAGAACGUUCACAGAUUUUGAGGGAAUGGUAUAACUUGCUGGUCAAAAACCAAAAGGAAAUGGCUGAAAUUUUAACAUUAGAGUCUGGAAAACCUUUAGCUGAAGCUAAUGGGGAAGUAGUUUAUGGAAACUCAUUUGUAGAAUGGUUCUCUGAGCUUAGUCGGCAAAUAAGAGGUGAUAUUGUACAAAGUUCAGUUCCUUCCAAGAAAAUUUUAGUACAGCAUCAGCCUAUAGGAGUUGUUGGGCUUAUAACUCCAUGGAAUUUCCCUCAUGCUAUGAUAACAAGAAAAGCUGCUCCAGCUCUGGGUGCAGGUUGCACUGUUAUAAUAAAACCAGCUGAAGACACUCCUUUGACAGCCAUACAAAUAGUAAAAUAUGCUCAAGAAGCUGGAUUUCCUCCUGGUGUAGUCAAUUUAGUCACAAGCAGUAGAGCAAACACUGGCCCAAUAGGAAAGUUACUUUGUGAACAUCAUUUAGUGGCAGGAAUAUCAUUUACAGGAUCUACAGCUGUUGGAAAAAUCCUAUACAAACAAUGUGCUCAAGGAGUCAAAAGGCUUGCAUUGGAGUUGGGUGGAAAUGCUCCAUUUAUAGUUUUUAACUCAGCUAAUUUGGAUAAAGCAGUUGAUGGAUCUAUUACAUCCAAAUUUAGGAACUGUGGACAAACCUGUGUGUCUGCCAACAGGUUUUUCAUCCAAGAGAAAGUUUACGACGAAUAUGUUAACAAAUUGGUGCACAGGGUAAAGUCUUUGAAGAUUGGUGAUGGAUCACAGGAAGGUGUUCAGUUGGGACCACUUGUCAAUGAACCUCAGUUGCAUAAAGUUGCUGAGUUUGUUAAUGAUGCAGUUUCUAAAGGAGCCAAAAUUCUUACAGGUGGAAAGCCAGCAACACAUCUAGGCAAACUUUUCUAUGAACCAACAAUCCUAACUGAUAUCAAAGAAGACAUGCUGGUCUACAAUCAAGAAGUAUUUGGUCCCGUUAUUAGCUUAAUAAAGUUCAAAACUGAAAAAGAAGCUUUAGAUAUUGCCAACUCCACAGAUGUAGGACUAGCGGGCUAUUUCUAUUCAGAAGACGUUUCGCAAAUCUUUAGAGUUAGCAAUAAUUUAGAAGUAGGCAUGAUAGGGGUCAAUGAAGGGAUAAUCUCAUGUGCUGAAGCACCUUUUGGGGGUAUAAAGCAGUCGGGGUUGGGUCGAGAGGGCUCUCAUUUGGGCAUGGAGGAUUUUACUUAUGUUAAGUACACUUGUAUUGGAAAUCUUUCUUAAGGUUCUUGUUUUAAUAUUAAUAUGAUGAAACAGAGUUAAGAACAUCAAUGAAAAAUUGCUGAAACCAAAGCAAUAUAAAUUUAAUCAUUAAUCAAGUCUUCCAGAUUGGUCUUCCAAAUUGUUAAAUAUUGAUAAAUGUAUAUUGUUAAAGGUGUGUUAGAUGUAAUAAGAGUUUAGUAGCUUAUUAAUUUUCACUAGAUGUCAUUGGACGUUUUUGUUUUAAAUAGUAUCAGGAUAUGAUACUACAGUUAAUAAGUACAAGCAAUUUUAUAUUUAAUUUAUCCUUAUGUAUCUUUAAUUGAGAUUUGUGGUUUAAGAUUAAAAAUAAAGAUUUAUGCUUAAGCCCUA